AUGGUCAAUGUGCACUAUGUAGGCUCACUACUCAAUGGUACAAUCUUUGAUAGCUCGCGUCAAAGAGGCAAGCCAUUCCAAUUCACUGUUGGUCAAGGUAGAGUUAUCAAUGGUUGGGAAGAAGCCAUUCCCACAAUGAAGCCUGGCGAGAUAGCUACAUUCACUAUCACACCUGACCUUGGCUAUGGUGCCAAGAGCUUGCCUGGUAUACCAGCCAACUCCACAUUGGUAUUCGAGAUUGAGUUGAUUGACUUCAUGUAA